AUGGCUCUUCUCGUGGACAGGCUACGGCCGCGAUCGCUCGAUGCACUGACAUAUCAUCCUGAGCUCUCUGCACGAUUGAAGUCUUUGGCACAAAGCGGUGACUUUCCUCAUCUUCUAGUUUACGGACCUUCCGGUGCCGGAAAGAAAACACGAAUCAUUGCGACAUUGAAAGAGCUGUACGGCCCCGGCGUCGAAAAAAUCAAGAUCGAUGCCCGUGUAUUUCAGACGACGAGCAACCGGAAACUAGAAUUCAAUAUAGUGUCCUCCGUUUACCAUCUAGAGAUUACACCGUCAGAUGUGGGCAAUUAUGAUCGCGUGGUUGUGCAGGAACUGCUGAAAGAGGUUGCGCAAACCCAACAGGUGGACCAGUCUGCCAGACAGCGCUUCAAAGUGGUGGUCAUCAACGAAGCGGAUCAUCUGACGCGGGAUGCUCAGGCGGCUUUGCGUCGAACCAUGGAGAAAUACAGUCCCAACUUGCGAUUGAUACUGCUGGCAAACAGUACUUCCAACAUCAUCGCUCCAAUCCGGUCACGUACCCUUUUGGUCAGAGUUGCGGCGCCGUCGGAACAAGACAUAUGCUCUGCGCUGCGGACAGCAGCCCAGAAAGAAAAGUGGACACACUCUGACGCUUUGAAUAUGAGGAUUGCAAAGGAGAGUGGGAGAAAUCUCCGGCGGGCUUUGCUCAUGUUUGAAGCGAUUUAUGCCCAAAACGAGAAAGUGUCUGAUAAAACUCCAAUUCCUCCGCCGGACUGGGAGGCUCUCAUAUCAGUGGUCGCGGACGAAAUCCUCGCUGAGCGAUCUCCAGCACGGAUAUUGCAGGUCCGAGAGAGACUUUACGAUCUUUUAACUCACUGCAUCCCGCCAACAACGGUGUUGAAGAUUCCAGACUUUGACCUUUAA